CUGCUUUAUCAUUUCAGAAGGUCAGCUGAUCAUUUACUACACACAGGAGUGACAAGCGUAGAUCUGAAUGACACAGAAAUAUUCGACGCUGUGACCGCUUUAUUAGAUCCACAUAGCAACCUUACACUGAAAUAUGGCAGACAAUAACCAGGCAAACCCUCCUCCCCAGCUGGGGCCUGUGCAAUUCUUAAUGAGCAGUAAGCUGGAAACAGCGAUGUGGCUUUCCCGUCUCUUCACAGUCUACUGCUCUGUAAUGUUUAUUCUGCCAAUUCUGGGGCCUCAAGCAGCAGCAAACUUUUAUCAAAGAGCUUUGUUAGCUAAUGCCCUCACCAGCACGCUCCGUUUACACCAGAGACUUCCACGCUUUCAGCUCAGCAGAGCGUUUUUGGCCCAAGCUCUGCAAGAGGACAGCUGUCAUUACCUGCUGUAUUCUCUAAUCCUGGUCAACUCUUACCCCAUCACAAUGAGCAUCUUCCCAGUUUUCUUGUUUUCUUUACUUCAUGCAACCACCUACACAAAGAAAGUUCUUGAUUCUAUGGGUCCAGGCAGCCUGAUGUUCAUCAGAAACCUCCUCGACCGACUAACGGCCAAUCAGCAGAACAUCCUGAAGUUUAUUGCUUGCAAUGAAAUCUUCUUAAUGCCGGCCACUGUUUUUAUGCUCUUCAGUGGUCAGGGAAGCUUGUUGCUGCCUUUUAUCUACUACCGCUUCCUCACGCUGCGCUACACAUCCAGAAGAAACCCUUACUGCCGCACCUUGUUCACUGAGCUACGAAUUCUUCUGGAGCACUUCAUCAUGAAGCCUUCUUGUCCUGCUUUUUUGAGGAGGAUGUGCCUCAGCAGCAUCGCCUUUAUCAGCCGCCUCGCCCCCACAGGGGUCUGAUUAGACUACGAAGAUGUUGUUCGGUUUUAGUUUUUCAGCCAUUUGCGAUGUGACUUACAAUUAUGAAGGGGACAGACAUUGCCAUCAGUGGAAGAAACCUUUUUUUGAAUGUCAACUUUACUGUCUGACUUCCCUUUUUUACCUGUAUAUUGAAGGGAAGCCUGUAAAGCACUGAAAUCUAAUAGUGAUAUUUCUGUUUUUGUUGGCUGAUCAGAGCACAGCAGAUAUCAGCUGCACUCUGCAUGUUUUGGCAGGUUUAUUUUCUUUCAUGUCAUUAUUUAUUCAUAAAAAUGUUUAUUCUGUGAUGGAAAAAUAACAUUCUAAGAUUAUAGAGACUUGAAGCAUGAAUAUGUUUUUAUUAAAGAAAUGUUUGUUUUGUUUUUUUGUCAAUAAUUAUGAAAUGUCUGAAUGCCUCACCUUCAACGUUUUCCUUCUAUGCCGUCAAAUACGUUUCAUUAGUAUCCAUAAUUAUUUUGCUAGGUUGUCUGAUGGAUGUGUAGCUGAGAAGAUAUCUGCUGUAUUUUUAAGAAUAUUUUAUGGUACCACAGUUUUUGCUGUCAGAGUUAUGUAUGAUAUAAUUUGCACAAUGCAUGUCAUCCUUACAUUGUUUCUCAAUUUUUAUCACAGCUCUGAACUUUUUUAACUCAAUGAUGUUGCAGUAGGUUUCCUCCUCAAUGCCUGUUUUCUUUACAUUUUAUGUGCUUCUAUACCUAAGAAGACACCACAUUUUUAUGACAAGAAUAAAGUUAUCUCUUAAAAAAAUCUCUAAAAUA